CGCUGCUGCCGCCGCCGCCGCCGCCGCCUCCCCCGCCCCCCCCUCCUCCCCGGGACUCGGAUCGCGCGCGCAGUCAUGGCUUCGGGGCCGGCGGAGGCGGAGACCCGACAGAGGCUGCUGCGCACUGUCAAGAAGGAGGUGAAACAGAUCAUGGAGGAGGCCGUCACGCGCAAGUUUGUCCAUGAAGACAGCAGCCACAUCAUCUCCUUCUGCGCGGCUGUGGAGGCCUGUGUCCUGCAUGGACUGCGGAGGCGGGCGGCUGGCUUCCUGCGCAGCAACAAGAUUGCAGCUCUCUUCAUGAAAGUGGGCAAGAGCUUCCCACCGGCUGAGGAGCUGAGCCGCAAGGUCCAGGACCUGGAACAGCUGAUUGAGAGCACGCGAAACCAGAUCCAGGGCCUCCAGGAGAAUGUACGGAAGCUGCCGAAACUGCCCAACCUGUCCCCACUCGCCAUCAAGCACCUGUGGAUCCGUACAGCCUUGUUUGAGAAGGUCCUAGACAAAAUUGUGCAUUACCUUGUGGAAAACAGCAGUAAGUAUUACGAGAAGGAAGCUCUCCUGAUGGACCCCGUGGACGGCCCCAUCCUUGCUUCUUUGUUAGUGGGGCCCUGCGCCCUGGAGUACACCAAGAUGAAGACCUCUGAUCACUUCUGGACGGAUCCCUCUGCCGACGAGCUGGUCCAGAGGCACCGUAUCCACAGCUCGCACCUGCGGCAGGACUCACCCACUAAGCGUCCUGCCCUCUGCGUGAGUCGGAUCCAGAAGAGGCAUUCGAGUAGCAGCAUGGAUGACCGGCCGUCCCUCUCUGCCCGUGACUAUGUAGAGUCCCUGCACCAGAACUCCCGGGCCACCCUGCUCUAUGGCAAGAACAAUGUUCUGGUCCAGCCGAGGGACGACAUGGAGGCUGUCCCAGGGUACCUGUCCCUGCACCAGACAGCUGACGUCAUGACUUUGAAGUGGACGCCCAACCAGCUGAUGAACGGGUCUAUGGGGGACCUGGACUAUGAGAAGAGCGUCUACUGGGACUACGCCAUGACCAUCCGCCUGGAGGAGAUUGUCUACCUGCAUUGCCACCAGCAAGUGGACAGCGGCGGGACAGUGGUGUUGGUCAGCCAGGACGGGAUCCAGAGGCCGCCCUUCCGCUUUCCCAAGGGAGGGCACCUCCUGCAGUUCCUCUCCUGCCUGGAGAAUGGGCUGCUCCCUCACGGGCAGCUGGACCCGCCACUCUGGUCUCAGCGGGGGAAGGGCAAGGUAUUUCCUAAACUGCGCAAGCGAAGCCCUCAGGGUUCGUCCGAAUCCACGUCUUCAGACAAGGAAGAUGACGAGGCCACGGAUUACGUGUUCCGGAUCAUCUACCCCGGCAUGCAGUCAGAAUUCGUUGCUUCUGACCCCUUGGGCAGCACUUCCCCUGUCUCCGUGGGCACUGCUUGGAUGGUGGUUCCUGUGGGCCGGUCCGUGUUAGUGGUGGCCAGGGGGAGUCGGUGGGCACAAACCAGAUGGGACACCACCCUCCCCACAUCGAUCCUGAAACAGCAGCCCCCCAUCCCCCAGGACCUGAUGGAUGUCUCUGUGAGCAACCUGCCAUCCCUAUGGCAACCCAGCCCCCGGAAAUCCUCCUGCUCAUCCUGCUCACAGAGUGGCUCUGCUGAUGGUGGCUCGACAAAUAGCUGCAACCAUGAGAGGGCUCCCUUGAAGCUUCUCUGUGACAAUAUGAAGUACCAGAUACUUUCCAGAGCCUUCUAUGGAUGGCUUGCCUACUGCAGACACCUGUCCACCGUGAGGACCCACCUGUCAGCCCUCGUCAAUCACAUGAUAGUGUCUCCGGACUUGCCCUGCGAUGCUGGACACGGCUUGACAGCUGGGAUCUGGGAGCAGUACCUUCAGGACAGCACAAGUUAUGAGGAGCAGGAGCUGCUGCGUCUCAUCUACUAUGGGGGCAUCCAGCCGGAGAUCCGCAAAGCCGUGUGGCCCUUUCUCCUGGGCCACUACCAGUUUGGGAUGACAGAAACAGAAAGGAAGGAGGUGGAUGAGCAGAUUCAUGCCUGCUAUGCACAGACCAUGUCCGAGUGGCUGGGCUGCGAGGCAAUCGUGCGGCAGCGGGAGCGGGAGUCCCACGCGGCUGCCCUGGCCAAAUGCUCAUCGGGGGCCAGCCUGGACAGCCACCUGCACCGGAUGAUGCACCGGGACUCCACCAUCAGCAAUGAGUCCUCCCAGAGCUGCAGUUCAGGCCGCCAGAACAUCCGCCUGCAAAGCGACUCCAGCAGCAGCACACAGGUCUUUGAGUCUGUGGACGAAGUUGAGCAGGUAGAGGCAGAAGGCAGGUUGGAAGAGAAACAGCCCAAGAUCCCCAAUGGGAAUGUGGUGAAUGGCACCUGUUCCCCAGACUCUGGCCAUCCUUCCUCCCACAACUUCUCCUCGGGUCUCUCAGAGCAUUCGGAACCCAGCCUGAGCACAGAAGACAGUGUUAUGGACGCCCAGCGCAAUGCCCCCCUGGUGCUUCGACCCAGGGACAGCAGUAUGGAUGAUGGGCAGAGCAGUGAGGCCACCACUUCCCGGGAUGAGGUCCCCCGUGAGGAGCUGGCCGUGCAGGACAGCCUGGAGAGUGACCUCAUGACCAAUGAGAGCAUGGACGAGUUCAUGUCUGUCACUGGCAGCAUGGACGUGGCUCUGCCCGAAAAGGAGGGCACUGUGAUGGAGGGCUGGAGGGGCAGCGAGGUGGAAAAACAUAACCAGGUGGACAGUGAGGACAACCUCUCAGAGGAGCCUGAGAUGGAAAGUCUCUUCCCUGCCCUGGCUUCCCUGGCUGUGACCACUUCUGCCAACAACGAGGCGUCCCCUGUGUCUUCCAGUGGUGUCACCUACUCUCCGGAGCUGCUGGACCUGUACACAGUGAACCUGCACCGCAUUGAGAAGGACGUGCAGAGGUGUGACCGCAACUACUGGUACUUCACUCCUGCCAACCUGGAGAAGCUACGGAACAUCAUGUGCAGCUACAUCUGGCAGCACAUUGAGAUUGGCUAUGUCCAGGGUAUGUGUGAUCUUCUGGCUCCACUGCUGGUCAUUCUGGAUGAUGAGGCCCUCGCCUUCAGCUGCUUCACAGAGCUCAUGAAGAGGAUGAACCAGAACUUCCCCCAUGGAGGUGCCAUGGACACUCACUUUGCCAACAUGAGGUCACUAAUCCAGAUCCUGGACUCAGAGCUCUUUGAGUUGAUGCAUCAGAAUGGGGACUACACUCACUUUUACUUCUGCUAUCGCUGGUUCCUGCUGGAUUUCAAACGAGAACUCAUCUAUGAUGAUGUCUUCUCUGUCUGGGAGACCAUUUGGGCAGCCAAACACGUCUCGUCCGCCCACUAUGUGCUGUUCAUCGCUCUGGCGCUGGUGGAGGUCUACCGUGACAUCAUCUUGGAGAACAACAUGGAUUUCACAGAUAUCAUCAAAUUUUUUAAUGAAAUGGCCGAGCGACACAACACCAAGCAGGUCCUGAAGCUGGCCCGGGACCUCGUGUACAAGGUGCAGACUCUGAUUGAGAACAAGUGAGGGCCACAUCACCCAGGCAGCAUCAGCAGAGCCACCACCUACCUGCCUGUCCCACCUGCUUCUCUUCCUGGCCGCCCAGGGAGUGAGAUCCUGGCGUCUUUUCACAAGUGUGGACUUCUUUGCAAAGAGAAAGUACCCCAACUUUGGCCACUGGGCGGGUGGGGUAGAGGGGUUGCCCCUUCAGUUCAGCCUUACGUUUUCCUGUUUGACCAAAGAUCGCCCAAGUCUGGGAUUUCUCCAUGGUGGGAGUUGGGGGUUAUAGAUGGAUGGAGGGAGCAUCUUUCGGGGUCCCCAGUGUGGUCUCCUCUCUCUUCUCACCCAUCCUUCCAAACUGUCUUGUCAGAUGAGACUUGGGAGUUUUUUGGGGAACUGGUGUGGAGAGGUCUGUGGGGCUACCUCUGUACUCUGGAAGGGCCCUUUGGAGAUGUUCCAGAACAUGGCUGGAAGGUUGCCUUGGAGCCAAGUGCUGCUGACUUUGGGGCUGGGUGAUUCUUUUUUGAGGGACGAUGCCCUGUGCACUGCUGGAUGUUGAGCAGCAUCCCUGGCCUCUACCUGCUAGAUACCAGUAGCACCCUCCACCCCACCCCCUUGUGACAACCUGGAACAUCUCCAGACAUUGCCAGAGAUCUCCAUUUGGGAAGCACUGGCUUGGAGGAGGGGCUACAAGUGUAUAUACCCCCACACACACACCGCUUUCUUUGUACCUGAGCCACCUGUGUCCUAAGACUUCCUCCCGUUUAGAAAAGGCACACAGGGAUCCUCUUCUGGGGUCCAGUAUCACAUAGUGUAUCAUUUUUUUCUCCUCCAACUGGCCCUGGGAGAGACUUUUUUUCUUUUCAGGAAAGGCAUCUGCCUGUGAAAAGUGACUAUUAUAGGCCUGAGAUGGGCCUCUUCUGGGUCCUGCUCAGCCGACCCCUGGCCCAAGCAGGGCAGAGUCUGCAUCCCCCCCUCCUCUCUUCCUAGGGAGGGUCGCGCCCCUCCUUGCACACAUUGAGUCUCUUGUUCCAGAAGAUUGAGGGAUGUGUGUUCGUGCAAGCCUCUUGUUCGGGGAGGCUGGCUUUCCCCUAAGUGCCCCUGCUCACUCAGGACAAAGUGGGGAAAGGAGGACAGAGGUCGGCCAGGGUAGGAUAUAGUGGCUGUUUUCUUUGGGAAAGAAACAUCAGCUGGGGAGUUCCCUUUGUGGCUCAGCUGUUAA